AUGUCGUUGAUUGUAGACAAGAUAAACAAUUUGAAUCUAGACGAUUCGUUUAUUUCGUUGGAAUUCUUUCCUCCCAAAACAGAAGCCGGAUUGAAAAAUUUGUUGGCUCGUAUUGAACGUUUGUCGGUUUUGAAUCCAUUGUUUGUUAAUAUUACAUGGGGAGCUGGAGGAUCAACAGCUGAAAAGUCCUUGGAGUUAGCAGCAUAUUGCCAAAAGGUGCUUAAAUUAACUACAUGUUUACAUUUGACUUGCACAAACACCAACAAGAGAAUCAUCGAUGAUGCUUUGUUAAAAGCUAAGAAGGCUGGCAUUCGAAAUAUAUUAGCUCUAAGAGGCGAUCCUCCACGAAGCGAUGAGCAUUUGUACAAGGAGGAUAGCGAGAAAUACGAAUUCAACUAUGCAAUUGAUUUGAUUAAAUACAUCAAGGAGAAGUAUGAAGACUAUUUUUGUAUUGGUGUGGCAGCGUAUCCUGAGGGGCAUGUUGAUGGGUCGUAUGCUUCAGAUCAAGAUUACCAUAAAGACAUUCCAUAUUUAGUAGACAAGAUCAAAGCAGGAGGAGACUUUAUUAUAACUCAGUUGUUUUACGAUUAUAACAAGUAUCUUGAAUGGGAGAAGGAGAUUAUCAAGAUUGAAGAAAUAAAAGGCAUUCCAAUAAUUCCAGCGUUAAUGCCAAUCAACUCAUUCAGUUCAUUUAACAGGGCGUCAAAGUUAUCUCACGCAUCAAUUCCAAAGUUCUAUUUGAAUAGAUUUUCCAAGGAUAUUAUUAAUGACGAUAAUCAAGUUAAAAAAAUCGGAAACGAAAUCCUAAUUGAUAUUAUCAACAAUCUUUACAACAGUUUUUCUGGCAAUAAGAUAAAAUCAAGGGGUAUUCAUUUUUACACAUUAAAUUUGGAAAAAUCUAUUGCCAAAAUAGUUACAAAUUGCCGAUAUUUAACUUCAAGUUUCAUUAUAAAUUUCGAAGAUGAAGACGAAGAAUUUAUAAGUAAUAAUAACAACAACAUUAUUGAUGACAAUAACAAUACUGCUGAUAACAGUAAUGUUUUGAAAUUUAGAAAACAUCACGAGAAUUUAAUUAACAAUAGAAAAGAGAUUGCCAAUGAUCCAAGAAAGUCGAUCUUUUCAUAUAGAUUAACGCCCAAAACUAUUUUAGAAAUUUCAGCAGGGUCGGGAACAUUGGGUAAAGAAGCAACAUGGGAUGAGUUUCCUAAUGGUAGAUUUGGGGAUUCCAGAUCGCCAGCAUAUGGUGAAAUUGAUGGAUAUGGGCCAUCAAUUAAGAUACCCAUAGGAAUUAAAAAUCCAUUGAUUGAAUUGUGGGGCUUUCCGCAGAAUAUUCAAGAGCUUUCAAAAAUAUUCAUCAACUAUCUUUUGAAAAAAAUCAAGUAUUUACCAUUUUCAGAUUUAGAAAUUAACCCAGAAACACUAUUGAUUCAAGAGUUUCUCAUUGAAAUCAAUUCAAAGGGAUGGUUAUCGAUAGCAUCGCAACCAAGUAUUAACGGUUGCAACUCGUAUGACAAAAUAAUUGGAUGGGGGCCUAGAAAUGGAUUUGUGUAUCAAAAAUCGUUUAUUGAAAUUUUAGUGUCUAAAGAUGACUGGGAAAAUGUGUUGAAACCCAAGAUCACCACUAAGGAAAUUUCACAAGAAGAAUUGGUUGGAUAUUAUGUAACAAACCACAAGGGAGAUUUCUAUGAAACCAAUUUACCAGAACAUAAUAGAAGCUCGGCAGUGACUUGGGGCGUUUUUCCCAACAGAGAGAUCAUACAAACUACGUUGUUGGAGGAAGAAAGUUUUAAGGUCUGGAAGGACGAGUUGUACAAGAUUCUUUUGGAAUGGAGCAAUUUGUAUCUAGUCAGUGGUAAAAACAGCAAAAGCGACCAAGACAAAACCAGAGCCAUGAACAGUUUCAAAUUGAUAAGAAGCAUGUAUGAUAGCUACUACUUGGUGCAAAUCUUCCACAACGACUUUUCUGAGGAAAAUGCUUUGUGGGACUUGUUGCUAGAGUAG